AAAUACAUCAACAAAAAAAUAAACAAAGAGGAAACAACAAAAAUAAAAUGGCUAAGUUCAUUGCUGUCUUCAUUGUAGUCGCCUUUUUGUUUGCUACUCAGUUUUCUAAUGCAAAGGAAUUACAAAAUCCUUCGGAGCCAAUCCACACGCAAGGAAGAGAGGGUUCACUUAAAGCUGGAGAGUGUCCAGCAGCAUGUAAUGUUCGAUGUUCAGCAACAUCUCACAAGAGUGCAUGUUUGAUGUACUGCAACCAAUGUUGCAAUAAAUGUUUGUGUGUACCAUCGGGAACAUAUGGUCACAAAGAAGAAUGUCCUUAUUACAACAACUGGAAAACCCAAGAAGGUGGACCAAAAUGUCCUUAAUUGUCUUGAUUUACAAAUGUCUUUUGUUUUUGUUUUGAUUUUGAUAAACUCUAUGUAUACGCCCUAUCAUGGUGAUUAUUUUGAUAGUUGAAAUCAAAUAAACAAAUUUUGUUUUUUAUAAAGAAAAUAACAUAUAA